AUGAAUCCAACAGCCACUUCAUCCCAUAGCGGUGAACUGAAGAGCACCAACUACUCCCUCUCUGUGGAUGUCCAAUCUCUCGUUCCAACAACCACCUCCGCCUCCGAGCCUAUGCCCAUGGGUCAGCUUAAACCCUCAUCCUACGUUAGCAGUAGUGGCGGCUCUCGGUAUCAAGAUACCACCAUAUCUUCCUUUACUCCCUUGGUCACCGUCGACACAAGCGGCACAACAGACUUUCCUGACUACUUUUCUCCUUCCGUCGCUUCACCCUUCAACGCACCCUCUGGCUUCAGUUCCCACCACACUGUUCAGCCGACUUACGCCUCGAUGAUGACAGAAACUGACCUGUAUGGCGGCAGGCAGCCACCACAGCAACAUCUUCCAUACGCUAACUCAGGCACGGCACCAUCUCUGCAGCGUUUCAUAGGCGGUCUGACGAGCAAGCUCCCAGAUUUACAGUGCGCGGGUGGGAGUUGCACAAGCAUGGACGUGACUUACUCGGCACCACACAUGGUCGGCCUGGCGUCCUCACCGCACACGAGUCUCAUCUCGCCUGCCUACUCGCCCAGCUCGGUUACCACUCAAGGCAGUGGCAGUGCCGGCAAACGAACCGCCUUAGAGACAGAGAAUAAACCGGGAGCUUUCAAAUCGAGAUCGAAGAAGGAGAGCCACAAUCGCAUCGAACGGAGGCGACGCGAUUACAUCAACUCCCAAAUCACCCGUCUGAGUGGACUAUUACCAGUCGACAUGUACCGAGACGUCCCGGGUGGUCUAAAGCUGGCGAUUGCGACCGCGCAGGCCGCCAAACCUGUGGACGGCCGAAGAAAUAAGGGAACUGUUCUCCGAUUGUCAGUUAAUUACAUCCUUGAACUCCGACAAGCCGUUGCACAUACAGCCAGCCUACGACAGGAAACUGCCAUCGCCCGCCAGCUCAUUCCCCUCCUCCUCAGUCACAUCCAGACACUUGAGAGUAUCAUAAAAGAAGUCCAGAUGCUCCCUGGUAAGCGACUUGGCAACGACGCCUGUGGGUCGACGACCAUGCUUGACGAAACUCCUCGUGCUCCAGAAACCGCCUACGAGGGUGUUCUGGAGGCCUGGCGCACGGCUAUGACGACUAACUUGGCCAGAGCAGCUGCUAUGGCGGCUAUGGUAAACAAUGGCGCCGAUGCCUCUCGUGAAAACAAGGUAGAAGCAAAGGACCUACCUCUGAUGGACAAUGUGCAGGCUGCUUUUGUUGGAAGGCCUUCCACCACAGUUGGCGCUGCCGGAAGCCCAUAUUUGCCGAAUGCAAUAUUUAUGGGUGGUGGUGUAUGCAAACUGGAGGAGGGAGAAGGGGGUUGUUACGAAGGUGACUUGGCUGGGGAACAUAUUACUGGCAGCACCACUACGGACACCAGCUGUGGUCCUCAUCCACCACCACCCAGCGCAGAGCGCACGACCGACGGCUUCUUUGACUCGAACAACGCCCCAAAAUUCGACAUCACAAUCAUGCAGUUAGCAGCUGGUGGCGGCAGUAAUGAUUGUGGGGAUCCGAUGCAAGUGAGCCUCCCUCGCAUAUAUUUGCCAUUGACGUUCAUGUUUAUCUGGUCAUGGCAUUCUGCAUGUCUUAGCUCCUUUACCGGUUCUUGGACGGCACAUUCAAGGAUUGUUUCAUGGAGGAGUUGA